AUGACAGAUUCUCUCCUGUCAUCGCCAGAAUUCGUUUCUCGUACAUUCCACUUCUUAACUUUCAUCACUGUCCCCGUGAACAUGUUAGGAGCUUACUGUAUCCUCUUCAAAACUCCGAAAUCUAUGAGUUCCGUGAAAUUGGUCAUUUUAAAUUUACAUUUAUGCAGUAUGACACUCGACAUUGUUUUUAGUGUUCUGAUCCAGCCUGUGGUAUUUUUUCCUGCCGUUGCUGCAUAUUCUAAUGGAGUUCUGAAGGUAUUUGGAAAGUGUGCUGGUAUAGAACUGUAUUUCGCCGGGACAAUGUUCGCAGUAGUCAGCAUGAGUAUUGUGUCUGUUAUGGAAAAUCGGUUUUAUUUAUUAUUCGUCAUUAACACACUCUGGAGAAAAAUCCGUCCCUUUGUGUUGUUUUUCAACUAUUUCGUGGCUUGCACUUUUCUUAUUCCUCUAUUAUUACAAGCUCCCAAUCAAAUUAUUGCGUUCGAAAUCAUACAAAAGAAGUUUCCUGACAUUCCAUUCUCCUCUUACUCAGAUUCCUUAUUCAUAUUCUCUGUUGAUUCUUCUUACGUUUUCCUUUCCGUGUUUUUAACCGGCGCAUUAACCGUAUCCCAAAUCAAUUUGUACUGUUUUUUAAUAAUUCUAAACAUGCGAAAACUGUCAAGCAAUGGGAAAAUGUCUCAAAGGACCUACCACUUACAAAGAAGGUUUUUGAUUGCUAUUGGGAUUCAGAUUUUUACACCUCUUAUUGUGUUAUUCGUACCAGCUACGUAUCUAGAUUUUUGUUUUAUAUUCGAAUAUUAUAACCAAGCUGUUAACAAUAUUUGUAUGAUUUUGAUAUCCUUUCAUGGAUGGGUGUCGGCAAUUGUUAUGAUGUUCAUUCAUGAGCCCUAUCGAAAGUUUUGCUUGAAUAUUUUGGAUUUUCAAAUGUAUGGAAAAGGAACAAAACCAAUUAGUGUGCAGUCAAUAGUUAUACAUUAA